UUCGAUUUCAGUUCAUUCCAUUUCCCGUUCAAUCUUUCAUAAUACAGUACAAGGCUUACUAUUGUGGAAGUGAGAUUUGGACUACCGUGUCUGUGAUAGGUGUUUUCCGAUACCCAAAGGAGUUGAGUUGUUCAUAUUCUUAGAUAAAAGAGAUCCAUACAUGGACUCGGCUGCAGGAUGGCUGUUUCCCGAGAUUCUGGAAAUGAUUUUCUCGAACCUCGAACUGAGGGACUUGGUAGCCUGCAGUGGCGUGAAUCGAGCCUGGAACGUAGCAGCUAACACGGCCAAGCUGUGGAAGAAAUUCCUAAGUAAAAGUGAUCUCAGCUGGUUGCCGACAAAUGUGAAUUGUGAACUUCACUCCUCCUCCAUCACCACUGAUAACAAUCCGUCACAAAGUUUUCCAGCAUCCAAUCCUUACAGAAACAUUAUCCAACAACGUAACCAAGUGAAGCACAACUGGAUCAACGGUUGUUUCACAUCAUAUGACUUGGAUCCGUCAGAAUACGGCUGGAAAUUAACUUCUUACAACACUACGGCAAUGGAGUACCCGUCAAAUGCACCACAAGACUGCGCGUACUACCCUGUCGUGGGGAAGUUUAGUAACACGAAAUUCGUCAAUUUAUUUCGAUUUGAUACAGUGUUGGAGCUUGUUUGUAGAUUGCCAAUAGACUUUGAAGUGAAUGAUGUUUUGGUUUGCUGCGUUAUGAGAGACUUUAUAGCGUGGCUACUGAAGGACGGAACUGUACCGUAUGUCACACUGCCUACAUGUGACAAGUGUUCAUUCGAGCAAUGUCAAGUGAAAACAUUAAACUUUUUCACUGUCACCAAACCAAAAGGUUCAGAAUGCCUCCUCACUAUGGAUGCUAACCACAUAGUAAUUUCAACCUUUCAAUUCCUAAAAGUCUGGAAUAAGAAAUCUGUUGAGUUAAUACUCUCCCGUUGUUCACCCACCAACUUUGACGAAUCACGUCCUUCUGUUUAUUAUGAUGAAUAUCCUUUAUACUUAGAUGAUGGGUAUAUAAUUAAAUGCUACCGAACACAUAUCCCAGACACAACACUGAUUGAAGAAUAUAACUUGGAAACUAACAGCAAGUUGCCAACCGAAUUCACAAUGAGAGGAACUGUUACCGGAGUUAAAUGCACUGGAAACUGCGUUGUGAUGAAAUAUUAUGAGAUGGAAUUUUACAGUUUUAUCCAAGUGCGUCGAAAGAAUGAUCUAAAACUAAUAAUAUUCACAUAUAACUGUUAUGACGAUUCUAAUUAUACUACUUAUGAAAUCGUCGGAAACUCAUUUCUCAUUUAUCGUUUGAGCCUAGAAGAUUAUGAAGAAAUUGAAAUUUCAACGGGUGUCAGAAGUCCCAUCCGUAAACUUCCUGUUAAUUGUCUAAAGGUUAGUAAUUUAUUUGACAGUCUUGCCUUAAUAAGAACAGAGUGUAUGGAAAUUUGGGACUGGAAGAGGAAUUGCAUGGGCCCCAAGCUGCAUGAUUCGAACCGAUUGAUAAUACGUGCUACCCCAAAGUGGAUCAUAACUAAUAAUGACACUCCAUCAGGACUUCAUUUCAAAGUUUAUAGGUGUAAUUGAGUUCAAAUCACAUUUAGACUUGGUAUCUACGUAAAAAUUGUACUUUCGACUUUGAAUUUUCAGAUGAUUUUAACUACUAGUGACACAGAACCAUAGGUGUAAUUGAGUUCAAAUCACAUAUAGACUGGGUAUCUACGUAAAAAAUUGUACUUUAGACUUUGAAUUUUCAGAUGAUUUUAACUACUAGUGACACAGAACAAUUAUAGUUGCAACAACUCUUGUAUUCAUGAAUCUGUUUUCUUGUUCUGUAACUGUCUACUUUUUAUGUUAUUUGAUUUGAAUUGAUUCCAAAUAAAUUAUAGCAACUGAACCGAAUUCCAAUUUUUUUAAUAAACUUCACUCUCAAACGACCAGUUGCACAAAAAUCCUAUUAAGUUUAACGAUGACAGGACCAAUGGACGAAUAUAACGUCAACACUACGACGUCAUGGUUACACUGGUUAAAAUCACUCAAAUGGCAUAACUAAUAACAAAUCUAACGUCAACACAAUGACGAUAUUUCACAGGUGGUUAAUUUCAAUAGUACUUUUUGCUAGAAGAUACUAAUUUAAAAAUUUCCAGUUUGUUUAUCACUGAUUUGCGAUUUAUUAAUAAAUGAAGAUGAAUAAA